AUGCACCAGUUCGGACAGGCAGCGUUGUCCGCAACGUCCAACUUCUCAGCUCGUACCGCCUGCGUGAAUCAAGCCACCUUCAAGCCACAAGCACUGAAGAUGUCUUUCAAGUACCUCCUCACCUCCAAAUUGUUUCGGGCUUCGUCCGUCAAGGUCGACCACAAACCUCGCGCUAUAGGACACGAGACUCCGGAGUCCAGCCUCUUCAAGACUUGUGACGAGUGUGCGACCGUCAUGCACGAUGAUCUGCCUUCGCUUACGCAAAACGCCGUCAAGUCCGAUGACGUCCGUGUCCAAUUGUCCUUCAACGGGGAUGGCGAUGUGCUUCUGGAGCUCCAAGGCUCGUUCAAGGACACCGAGCACUUCUUCCUCAUCACGGUACACCCACUUGGGAUCCUCCGCGAACAGCACUUCCUGCACGGCGACAUCAAGCCCGCAAACCUCCUCGUCAACGACGACAACCACCUUGUCCUCGCCGACUUCGGCCUCGCAAGAGACUUUGGUCGUCCGUGGGGCCCGCUCCCCUGGAAGCAGUUCCAGCGGGCCUUCGACGUCAAGCAUCCUGACCACGCAGCCUUCCGGUCACUCGGUUUGGAUGGGUGGGACGUCACCCGUCGUAGGAACUGUGGCACUCAGAACGACGGCGUGCACUCGUACGAGGCCGAUGUCUGGUCUGCAGGUGUCACCAUCUACGAGAUGCUGACUGGCUGGAUGUCAUUCGGCCGGGAUGACAACACUCCAACAGCGGAUUGGUACCUUGCUCCCGUGGUCGUGCCACUCACCUUCGAUGAACAGAAAGACACCCUCGUCAACGAUGACGCGCGCGACCUCCUACGCAAGAUGUUAGAAGUCGACCCCAUCAAACGUGUUACCAUUGAGGAAAUCAAGGAGCACACCUACUUCCAGUCUAUUGACUGGAAGCAGAUCGUUGCCCGAGUACCAAUUAUGGGCGACCAUACAGCUACUCACUCGCCAGACAUGAAGCAGAAGCCAGCUCGUAUACCGUACGCCCCACCAUACAAGGCGUACGAAGACCUCUAUUCGUGGUUCGAAUGGGUCUCUCCCGCGCUCAACCGCUGCACCGAGGAUCAUCACGGCGAUGAUGCACCAGAUAAUCCUGUCACAGACACGUUCCUCUGCUUUGGCGACGACCAUGAACAUCCCACACCCUGUAUCUCCCGAAACGUGUUCGUAUUCGUACCGCAAGAGUAA